GGGAGGGUGCCAAGGUACCGCCCUUAUUCUCCCAAGCAUGACUUGUAGAUAUUCCCAUUGUCGUUUCAAAGCUCCUUCUCCAUAGUUUCUUCCGUUCUCUUCGAUCCAUUUUCUCUCAAAACUCUCCACAUUUUCAAUCGAGCUUCUGAUCUCUACGUUUACGGUUAGAAGAGAAGAAUGGCGAGUAGGGUAGAUCACGAGUACGAUUAUUUAUUCAAGAUCGUGUUGAUAGGGGAUUCAGGUGUUGGGAAAACCAACAUUUUAUCGAGGUUUACGAGGAAUGAGUUCUGUUUGGAAUCCAAAUCCACCAUCGGAGUCGAGUUUGCUACUAGAACUCUUGAGGUUGAUGGAAAGACGAUAAAGGCUCAAAUUUGGGACACAGCCGGGCAGGAAAGGUACAGAGCCAUCACGAGUGCCUACUACAGAGGCGCAGUUGGAGCCCUUUUGGUCUACGACAUAACCAAGAGACCAACGUUCGAUAAUCUCCAAAGAUGGUUGCGUGAGCUCAGAGAACACGCGGAUUCCAACAUCGUUCUCAUGAUGGCCGGAAACAAAUCCGAUCUGAACCAUCUGAGAGCCGUGAGUGAGCAAGAUGGUCAAUCUUUGGCUGAAAAAGAAGGGCUUUCGUUUCUUGAAACAUCUGCACUCGAAUCUUACAAUAUCGAGGAAUCGUUUAAGAGCGUUUUGACGGAUAUAUACCGAAUUGUUAGCAAGAAAGCAUUGGCAGCUGAAGAAGGAUCAAUGGGUGCACCUGGGAAGGGAACCACCAUUGAUGUUGGUGGUGAAACUGGGAACACAAAGAGAGGUUGUUGUUGAAGUUAAGUGGUGGAUUUUGGGAGGUAAAAGACUUGGUAUGAAGCACAUAUGUUGUCUGUCUUGCUUUUGUGUUUGAUAAGAGAGUUUGUAGAGUAUUGUUUGUUGAACAAUUAUAUUGUGAUGUGGCUAUAGGCAAAUAAGACCAUAUUGCCCCUUGAAUGUUUGUGUUUAUUGUUCUAAUAUUUUUCUUACAACCGUGAGUUUUAAGG